AUGGGUUUCAUGUCGGGAGUUUUGUCUAUGAAUUUUUGGAGGAGGCAUAGGAGGACAAUUCUUAUUACUGCAGGUGUUUUAGGAAGUGGGUAUUUUGUGUAUAGACUAUACAAUGCUCACGAACAGAGGCUUGCUGAUCUGGAUAGAGAACUUGCUCUCCAACGGGCAAAUGAUGAACUCAUCAAGGCCCAAUUGCAAGCCCAUUUUGAGAAUGUGCAAUUAAUUGCUGAUACAACAACAUUGCCUCAUGCAAUGGAAUAUUUAAGAAGUCGGAUGGCGGAAGAGUUGGACCUUUCACAGCUCACCGAAAGGCUACAGAAAGGGAAGGGCCAGCCAAACACGCUUACCUCUUCAGAGAAACUUGAACUGUGGGACAGACUCAAAUUCCUAAGUUUCACACAAAUGAUGGUGUCGCUGUGGGCUGUGACAGUGCUUAACUUAUACAUCAAAGUUCAAGUAAAUAUUCUAGGAAGGCAUUUGUAUAUCGAUACUGCACGUGGCCUUGGAAGCUCGCUUUUACUUGCCUCCCUUCCUGCAGCAAUUCCCCCAUAUGUGCGUCAGGCAGGUGGGAGGAUGCUUCUGCAUGAGGCUGUGAGGAGGGGCGAGAAUCUGACUUUUGUUAGAAAUCAGAUUUCACAGAAUACUAUGACAGGAUUUGCUGAGAAUUUAUGCAAAGAGGAAAAAGGAGGGAGAUUUGUUGAGGAGAAAGAGAGAAAUGAAGUCUCUCUUCUUCUCCUUGUAUCUGUGCAUUCCACCUUUUUCAAUACAAAUGAAGAAGAAAGGUAUUCGACAGUUGACUUGGAGAAUGUUGAUCUCAUUGAUAGGGAUGACCAGCAAAAUUUUUUGGCUAGUGCUGAUUUUCUUGCUAAUAAUGGCCUGCUGCCACUGAUUUCAAAUAUCCAAGCAGUGGUAACAGAGGUUCUUGAGGGAAGGAAGUUGACGGAUUUAUUCAACACCACAUCACUUCAUGUAACUGUCAUGCAAAUACUUGACAAUUUCAUGAGCGAGGGGAGUCCGCAUCAAUGGAUAGAAUACUUAAUGCCUGCAGAUAGUGGGCACUACAAACUAAGCACAAGCUCCAGCACUGACGACACUGUCCUUCCUGAUAGCAUGAAUUUUGAUCAACUUAUGGUGGAGGCACGGGCAGUGCUAUCAAGUGCUGAAUUUGGUAAAAUCAUGGGAAUAUCUUUGAAAGUAGCAGUGGAUGCACUGGUGGAUGAUAUGGAGGCUCAGUGUCAAUCCACUGGGGCCAGUCUAACAUCAGGGAUGCCACUGGCAAAACUUCUAUCACGAGUUCUGCAGAUAGUACCUUCGUUACUCCAUGAAGCAAGCCAAAACCAGAUUAUCCAAAGCAUCCGGAAUGUUCCAGAAGUUGAAUUGUUCUUCACUCUCCUCUAUGCAAACAACCUUGUAGACUAG